CAGUUACAUGGUGACGUUCAGACUUUGAAUCGACUUACAAAAAAGAUUAGGAAAAAAAAAAAAGAAGAAGAAGAGGAAGUUGUCAUUGUUCAUAUCUGGGCACGACCUUCAAAGGAUUAAUUGAAAAAAAUGUGAUAGAAAAUGUAUACAGAUUUUCUGGUUCAAUGUUUGGUCAAAAUACACCAAUCACGUCAUGUUUUAACAUAAAGACAUUUCACAAGAUGAAAAUGUGUCGUUCUGCUUCUUUUCAGUACAUUUGCAAUCCACCAUGUACAAGUGGUCCAAAUGUGGUUUUCUUUAAUAUCUCUCCAUAUCAUUUCUAUGGUGAAACUAAUGGACGCUUUUCUCAACAGGAAUAAAAUCUUUCCUCCUUCCUUUCUUGGUGAUAUGGUUCCUGUCCAGUCCCUCCCUCUAUCUAACGCCUGCUGUCUGAGCCUGGCACAGGUUAUCCCUGUUUGAAAGCAAAUACGACUCCUCAACGGGGCCAAAUACCAAGUUAGAGCUCUUACACUUUGCAUCAUCUUGUGUAUGACUCUAACAUCGGCACCGGUUUCUUUCUCUUUCGACCCUUGGACUGGACAGUGAGCAGAUAUGUCACAUCGCAAAUUCCAUGCACCACGCCAUGGGCACAUGGGAUUUCUGCCCCACAAGCGCAGCAAAAAGCACAGAGGCAGAGUUCGUUCAUGGCCAAAAGAUGACCCUAGUAAACCUGUUCACCUCACUGCCUUCCUGGGAUACAAGGCUGGCAUGACCCACACCCUCAGGGAGGUGACCCGCACUGGUCUAAAACAAUCAAAGCGUGAGGAGGUGGAGGCUGUUACCAUCAUUGACACUCCUCCUGUCAUGGUGGUGGGGGUGGUGGGAUACAUUAAGACCAUCCGUGGCCUACGUUCCCUCAAAACCAUUUUUGCUGAGCACCUCAGUGACGAGUGCAAGCGCAGAUUCUACAAAAACUGGCACAAAAGCAAAAAGAAGGCCUUCACCAAAUACAGUAAGAAGUGGCAGGAUGAGACUGGGAAGAAACAGCUGGAAAAGGACUUUGUUACAAUGAAGAAGUACUGUUCAGUCAUAAGGGUUAUUGUUCACUCUCAGAUGCGACUGCUGCCUCUGAAACAGAAAAAAGCUCACAUCACGGAGGUGCAGCUGAAUGGAGGCAGCAUCUCAGAGAAGGUGGACUGGGCCAAGGAGCAUCUGGAGCAGGCCGUGCCGGUGUCUGCUGUCUUCUACCAGGACGAGAUGAUUGAUGUCAUCGGUGUUACCAGGGGUCGCGGCUUCAAAGGGGUGACCAGCCGUUGGCACACAAAGAAGCUUCCCAGGAAGACUCACAAGGGUCUGAGGAAGGUGGCCUGUAUUGGAGCCUGGCAUCCAGCCCGGGUCAACUACACUGUGGCUCGUGCAGGACAGAAGGGAUUUCACCAUCGUACGGAGAUCAACAAGAAGAUCUACCGCGUAGGUCAGGGAGUUCACAUUCAGGAUGGGAAAGUGGUUCGGAACAAUGCCUCCACCAACUAUGACACCACCCAGAAGACGAUUUCCCCAAUGGGUGGUUUCCCCCACUAUGGAGAAGUCAAUAAUGACUUCAUCAUGGUGAAAGGCUGUGUGGCUGGAGCAAAGAAACGCGUUCUCACCCUCAGAAAGUCUCUGCUCGUGCACACCUCUCGCAAGUCCAAGGAAACCAUUGAGCUGAAGUUCAUCGACACUACUUCCAAAUUUGGUUAUGGACGUUUCCAGACUGCCCAGGAGAAGAGAGCGUUUAUGGUGAGUAACAGUUUACUCUUAGUUUACACUAAAGCCUGUAUAUCAAGAACCACGUCCAGAAUCACUGUUCACUAUUUAAACCUCUUAUUUCUGGUAAAUUUACAGGGGCCACUGAAAAAAGACGCCCGAAAGAAACUGCAGGAAUCUUGGUCAGAGGAAGCCUGAGAGAAGACAUGAUGAUGAUGGAA